ACAAUCCACAAAUGACUUUUGAAUGUUGUGAUAUCAAUGAUGUUGCUAGAUCAUGCUGUCACAUACUUUACUGUCCUCCACAAAGGCAUGGAGGGAAGGAAUACAAAAUAACUGGCCCAAACUUACUUACUAUUGAUGAAAUUGGAUCAAAAGCAUCAUUAGGUCUUGGUUGUGAUAUUAAGAUAAAAUUGAUGCCUGUCAAUCAAUUAAGGCAAGUAUUGAUGGACUUGACUGCUGACAAUAAACUAACUGCUUAUUUGUUGGAAUUAUGGGGUUUGCAAGGUUAUUUGGGGAUUUCUCAUAAAUUACAAGUAACAAGAGAUCUUGAACUUAUAACAGGUGGUGGUGGUUCAAACCUAAGAGAAUUCUUUGAAAACAAUAAAAUUGCAUUUAACCAACAAGAAUAA